UCACACAAUAACGGACAGAGAGCAGCUUCCUCAAAUUACAUCUCUGAGGGCGAGGGCUUUCACAAUUGCGUCUUCUCGCUCUGGUUCUUAUUGAUGAAGCUGUCCAGCUUGCAGCAGCGUCUCCGUCGAAUUCCGGGUCGGAUCUCCGAUUAGUUCGAAUGAGAUGGCAUCUUCACAUAAUGUCGAGUUGGAAGCAGCCAAGUUUCUCCACAAACUCAUUCAAGAUUCUAAAGAUGAGCCUGCCAAACUUGCUACGAAGCUUUAUGUGAUACUACAACACAUGAAGUCAAGUGGCAAGGAACAUUCCAUGCCAUAUCAAGUGAUAUCAAGGGCCAUGGAGACUGUUAUUAAUCAGCAUGGUCUUGAUAUUGAAGCUUUGAAGUCGUCACGCCUUCCUAUGUCUGGUGGAACUCAAACAGGUUCUUCUCAUGCUGUUGGUGUUGCAAAAGAUUCCAAAGCAGGCUUGACCGAAAACGAGAUGUCUAAUAUGGACACAUUUUCUUCAAGCAGACCACCUGUUGGUCCUAGCAGUACAGGGAAUGAUUAUUAUCAAGGAUCUGCAACUCAUCGGAGCAGUCAGUCUUUUGAUCAUGAAAGUCCAUCUAGUUUAGACUCUAGGUCUACCAAUUCACAGUCACAAGAAAGGCGUGACGCAAACAAACAGGUGAAUCGAAAGGAUGGUAAAAAACCCACCACUAAGAGGAAGAGGGAAGAUACAUCCAUGCCUAUGGAACUGCAUCCUGAAAACCCUCAACAUCUUGAUACUGGAAACGCUGCAGUUACUACAAGGAAGGGAAAGAUAAACAAGGUCGAACCACUGGCUGGUUUCUCAAGUAAAGGUGGUGAAAAUGCUAAUUUUAAUAUUGGUCUGAGUGGUGGUCAAAUGGAACAUUUUACAUCGUUCUCUGGAAGCAUGAGACCACUGCUCAGAGCCAAGCAAGAAGGUCAACCUUCAGAAAAGCAGUUGGAUGUGACAAAUACUAGCAACUCGGUGUCUCGGGCUCUGAGUUCAAAUCACCCUGAAGAAAUGGAAGUUUCCUCUACUCAUAAUGCGUUAGCACAGCAGCAAGCCACUUCUCUAACUCCUACACAUGACACUAGGGGCAUAUGGAAUCAAAGUAAAGCUGGGUUUCCAUUUGAAAAAUCUCAAGUUCCCAGAUUUUCUUCUAAUGUUGCCGUCCCAGGUAAUAUUUCAGCAGAGAUUCCAAUGCAGCAGUCAACAUCUCCAUCACCUGGAUCAAGCUCUUUUGGCAAGAUUCAAGGAGGCGUGCCAGUUGCAUCUGGUUCAUUUCAAGUAGCAGAACCUGGAUUCUCAAGUCCAAUCCAUUACAGCAGCACAUUGGCCUCAACUGGAAAGGUCUCUGAGCAUGAUGGAGGAAAUACUGAUAUACUAGCUGAUGCAAAUAAGACAUCUCAGGCUGGCAGGCAAAAUAGUGCUGUAGAAAUGAGUGUGCUGAGAAGUGCAGCUAUGAGAGAUACUGGUAAAUCUCCAGUUCACUUGGCUUCUGGAUCUCCUGGCACACCUUUCCAGGAACAGCAGUUGAAACAGCUCAGAGCGCAGUGCCUUGUCUUUUUAGCCUUCAGAAAUGGUUUGAUGCCAAAGAAGCUACAUCUUGAAAUUGCACUCGGUAACAUUUUCCCUAAAGAAGGUGGCAAUACAGAUGGGCCUCAUAAAGAGUUCAUCGACCACAAAGGAAAAACACAGUUUUCAAAUGAGCCAAAUAUCAUUUCUGAUGCUACUACACCAUAUGGAAGGCUUAACAAUGAGAGGGACACUGAUAAAAUGCUGCCCAGUGCCUUGUCCACUGGAAAAAUCCCUGAGACUAACUCUUUGUCCAAAGAAACCGAAAACCCAAAAAUGGAAGAAAGGAAUGGCCCACCUCCAGAUGACUUUGUACUUGCAGAAGAAAGAAACCAUCUUCUUGGUUUACAGAAACCAGAAUCUGAGAUACAGACCCAGGAGACCACAAUCUCGCCGGCAUGUUUAACUAUUGCAUCACAGCAUCCCGAAUCUUCAGGUGCAAGGAGUGGUUCAACUGUCAUUAAUCCCUUGAACAAUGUGGAAAAUGGACAUUUGCAAGUUGCAAGGGCUAGCCAAACCUCUUCUUUUUCACUUAGAGAUCCUUGGAAACCAAUUUCUGGAAUUGGAAAUGACCAACACACAGCAGUUGCAUCAAAGGAUGCUCAGAUCAUGCCGAAACAUAUGUCUCAGGGACAAGUAAAGAACGACAACCAUACUGACUUGCCACCUUCACCAAAGUACACUAUGUCAGAGAAGUGGAUUAUGGAUAAGCAGAAAAAGCAGCUUUUGGAUGAACAAACUUGGAUUCUAAAACAGCAAAAAGCGAAGCAAAAAAUUGCGACAUGUUUCCACAAGUUAAAGGAAAAUGUGAGCUCCUCUGAAGAUAUAUCUGCAAAAACAAAAAGCGUCAUAGAACUGAAAAAACUACAACUCUUGGGGCUGCAACGCCGUCUCCGGAGUGAAUUUUUGGGUGAUUUCUUCAAACCAAUCAGUACUGAAAUGGAUCACUUGAGAAGUUGUAAGAAAUAUAGACAUGGUAGGAGGAUUAAACAACUUGAAAGGUUUGAGCAAAAGAUGAAGGAAGAGCGACAAAAGAGAAUUCGGGAGAGGCAAAAGGAGUUCUUUGGUGAUAUCGAGGUUCACAAGGAAAGACUGGAUGAUGUGUUUAAACUUAAGAGAGAGCGCUGGAAGGUUUUCAAUAAAUAUGUGAAGGAGUUCCAUAAAAGGAAGGAACGUAUCCAUCGUGAGAAGAUUGAUAGGAUCCAACGUGAGAAGAUAAAUUUAUUGAAGAUCAAUGACGUGGAGGGAUAUCUGCGAAUGGUGCAGGAUGCCAAAUCUGACCGUGUUAAGCAACUUCUCAAAGAGACUGAGAAAUAUCUUCAAAAGCUCGGUUCCAAACUACGAGAUGCAAAGGCUUUGGCAAGCCGGUUUGAGCAUGAUAUGGAUGAUAGUGGAACUGCAAGUGUUGUGGAGAAGAGUGAGCCUACUUUUGAAAAUGAAGAUGAAAGUGACCAGGCUAAGCAUUACAUGGAGAGCAAUGAGAAGUACUAUUUGAUGGCUCAUAGUAUAAAAGAGACUGUCGCUGAGCAGCCAUCUAUUCUUAAUGGUGGAAAAUUGAGAGAGUAUCAAAUGAAUGGCUUAAGGUGGUUGGUGUCACUAUACAACAAUCAUUUGAAUGGUAUUCUGGCUGAUGAAAUGGGACUAGGUAAAACUGUUCAGGUAAUAUCUUUAAUUUGUUACCUGAUGGAAACAAAAAAUGACCGAGGACCUUUUCUAGUGGUUGUGCCAUCUUCAGUUUUACCUGGAUGGGAGACAGAAAUUAACUUUUGGGCCCCUAGUAUUCUUAGAAUUGUCUAUGCUGGCACCCCUGAGGAGAGACGUAGGCUAUUCAAGGAAAGAAUAGUUCAACAGAAAUUUAAUGUUCUCCUUACGACAUACGAGUAUCUGAUGAAUAAGCAUGACAGACCUAAACUAAGCAAAAUACAUUGGCAUUAUAUAAUAAUUGAUGAAGGUCACCGGAUAAAGAAUGCUUCCUGCAAGCUAAAUGCCGAGUUGAAGCAUUAUCAGAGCUCUCACAGAUUGCUGUUAACUGGAACCCCAUUACAGAAUAAUCUCGAGGAGUUGUGGGCGCUAUUAAACUUCUUGUUGCCAAAUAUUUUUAAUUCAUCAGAUGAUUUUUCUCAGUGGUUCAACAAACCAUUUGAAAGUAGUGGUGAUAACUCAGCUGAGCAAGCCUUGCUGUCUGAGGAAGAGAAUUUAUUGAUCAUAAACCGUCUUCACCAAGUACUUCGACCAUUUGUCCUCCGUAGGCUGAAGCAUAAGGUUGAGAAUCAACUACCUGAAAAGAUUGAGAGACUUGUAAGAUGUGAGGCUUCUGCUUAUCAGAAGCUUCUAAUGAAGAGGGUAGAAGACAAUUUGGGUACAAUUGGAAAUUCCAAGGCGCGGUCAGUGCACAACUCUGUUAUGGAGCUUCGAAAUAUAUGUAAUCAUCCAUAUCUCAGCCAGCUUCAUGCAGAGGAGGUUGAUAACUUAAUACCAAAGCAUUAUCUACCCCCAGUUAUAAGGCUUUGUGGGAAGCUUGAGAUGCUAGAUCGAUUGCUUCCCAAGCUAAAAGAGACAGAUCAUAGGGUUCUUUUCUUUUCCACAAUGACUAGGCUACUUGAUGUUAUGGAGGAUUAUCUUAACUAUAAACAAUAUCGGUACCUUAGGCUGGAUGGACAUACAUCUGGGGGUGAUCGCGGUGCCCUCAUUGAUAUGUUCAACAACCCGGAUUCUCCCUUUUUUAUAUUUCUUCUCAGCAUUCGGGCUGGUGGUGUAGGAGUAAAUCUUCAAGCUGCAGAUACAGUAAUAAUAUUCGACACUGAUUGGAAUCCACAGGUUGAUUUGCAAGCACAGGCAAGGGCUCACAGAAUUGGCCAGAAGAAGGAUGUACUUGUGCUUCGAUUUGAAACGGUUCAAACUGUUGAGGAACAAGUAAGAGCUGCAGCUGAGCACAAGCUGGGAGUUGCGAAUCAGAGCAUUACUGCUGGUUUCUUUGACAACAAUACAAGUGCUGAAGAUCGAAGAGAAUAUUUGGAGACCCUUUUGCGUGAGUGUAAGAAAGAGGAAGCUGCACCUGUAUUAGAUGAUGAUGCCUUAAAUGAUCUUUUAGCUCGCAGUGAGCCAGAAAUUGAUGUCUUUGAAUCAGUUGACAGAAGAAGGCGAGAACAAGAGAUGGAAACAUGGAGAAAGUUUGUAUGUGUACAAGGCAUGGAUAGUUCUGAGACUCUGCCUCCCUUGCCUUCUCGCCUUGUUACAGAUGAUGACUUGAAGGAGUUCUGUGAAGCAAUGAAGAUAUAUGAGGUUCCAAAAACCGGUGAAAAGUCUAAUGAUGGGGUGAAGCGGAAGGGUGGGUCUAUCGGGGGCCUUGAUACUCAACGUUAUGGCCGGGGAAAACGGGCAAGAGAGGUGCGUUCAUAUGAAGAGCAAUGGACAGAAGAGGAAUUUGAAAAGUUAUGUCAGGCUGAAUCUCCGGAUUCCCCCACAAAAACAAAAGAAGAAGUUAGAGAGUCAAACAUGCCAAAAGUUGACAAUGGGUCUGUGGUGGCUGUUUGUGAAACAGAACUUCCUGCUCCACUCCCACAACACAUAUCGUCACCCUCUGUGGACCUUUCCCAGAUGCAACAAAGUAAAGAGGUUACCCCACCAGCUAAGCGAGGCCGUGGAAGGCCAAAAAGAGCAACAUUAGUUCAAUCACCAACUGCGAUGGCUCUUACAGCACCUUCUGGAACUAUUAAAGUGGAUACUGGGUUGCAAAGAGGGAUGGUAUCUAGCCCUGCCACAAACUUGGUCCCUGGUUCAUCAACUAGUUCUGCUAACGCACAGAGUAUUGGAGGAAUUGUACAACAUACUAGUAUUGUGGCCUCACCUAGUUCUCAGCCAAUUUCUCCUAAACCUUCUGUUACUCCUGAUUCUCAGACGACCACUGUUGGCCCUUUUCCAUCAGCACAAUCAAGAGGAAGAGGUCGGAAGACUCAAAGUGGACCAGAAGCACCCAGGCGUAGGGGAAGGAAACAGGCUCCAAUUUCACCUGGUGUUGGAGUAUCUGGUCCUGAUCCAAAACAAAAUGAAGCAUCACAGAACACAUCUGUGAAUCCACUAGAAAAUCAAGCCAUUGGCAUGAGUGGAACUGUUUCUAGUACUUCCGCAGUCCAACACCCUGAUUCUUUUUCUGGUUCUGCUCCUUUACAAGUUGUGAGUGGGGCUGAUCACCAAGUUGGUGAUGCUGUAGCUUUGAGUUCGCAGCCAGCCCUUUCUUCUCCAUCUGUUGCUCCUUUGUCUCAAUCUUCUCCUUCCCCUUCUGUACCCGUGCAAACAAAAGGGCAAAACCGGAAGGCGCAAGGUGACGUAGGAGUACCGCGGCGUAGGGGGAGGAAACAGGCGCCAAUAUCACCUGCUGUUAGUGAUGUGUUAGUUGGUCAAGAUUUGAAACCCAAUCUGCAACCACAGGAUAAACCUGGGGAUUCAUCUGGAAGGAAAGACAUUGCCAUGCAAAGUAAGCAAGAGGCUGAUGAUUUAGCUGGUCAGGAUCUGAACUUAACCGAAGAGUCAGUAAAUUUUGCCCGAGCCAAGCAAAUAACAAGCUCAACAAUGAUGCAUGAUACAUCCGUCAGAUCCCUUGGUCCUGCAUUGGGAGAAAGUCAAAAGGUUGUCACAUGCAAUUCUACUGUUACAGUGACUAAAGGUGCUGCAGCACCUGCUAUUCCAAUUCCCGUAAAUGCACCUCCAGCAGUGGAAAACACCAGUGAGGCAAACUAUGAUGUUGCUAAGACUGCUCCUAGCUCUCAGUCAAUGCCUACCAACCCUUCUGCUCCUCUAGCUUCUCAAUCUCUCACUCCUUGCCCUUCUGAAACAGUACAAGUCAAAAGACAAGGUCGAAAGACUUCAAACAGAGCCGAAGCACCCCGUCGUAGGGGAAGGAAGCAGGCUCCGGUGUUACCUUCUGUUUCUGAUGGUCCAGCAGGUCAGGAUCCAAACUUAAGGUUUGAAUCACAGAAUGCAUCUGUUGAUUCAUUCGGGAGUAAGUCUGCUGCACUGAGAAGUAAGCAGGGUACUGAUGGACAGGAGUUGACAAAUGGUUCUCAGGCCCAAGCAAGUCAAGCCCAUUUAGCUAGCAGUUUAGUGAGUCAUGAUUCAAAGAGGAAAGAGGAGCCAGUCUUUUCAACCCACAGUAAGCAGCCUUCAAAUUCUUCGUCAACACUUGACAUUCCUCCAGGAUUCUCUGAUAAGAGUUCUGCUUUGGGCCGUAUCCAGACUGCUGAUGUAAGUGAUGUUGCUCGUGUGAUGAAGGAGGUCUUUUCUGGAACACGUUUGUCAAAAGCUAAAAUUCCUGAGUCAUCUGGGAGAGAAGGUAGGGUUGUCCCUUGUGUACCUGUAUCAAGCAAGGCUCCUGUGGAAUUAGCCAAAAACCAAAGUUUGGAGGAUAAAGCAUCUCCAAUUGUGUCAACUUUGGAAACAGCAGCCCAUGUACUUGACCUUCCAGCGAAUUACGAGAAGCAAUCCGGGACUGGUGUUAGUGCAGAACGGGAGAGGGACAAGCCACCUGCUUUGAAUGAAACCCAUGUUCCCAUCACAAAUAUGGACCAACACGAGGGCAAGGCAGCUGUAGGCUCCACUAAAGAAUUGGAAGACUCAAAACAACUCUGUGUUGAUGGUUCGACUAUGAUGAGUAAAACAGAUACUGUUGUUCAGACAUUGGCUCGAGAUGUUGAUGUGCCUGCUUCUAGUAUAGGCUCCUCUGGUGGGGAGAUGAAUUCAUCGUUAGUAUUGGAAAGUAACAUUGAGCAUCCUGAGGUGAUUGGGAGAGAUUCUGGACAGAAAAUUGAAUCUUUUUCAGCAGAGUCUAAUAAAUCCUCUUCUGUUGAGCAACCUUUAAUUUCCAAGGAUACUGAUAAUGCCAGUCUUCAUCUUGGUGUUACGCCUCCUGUUCCUAGGGUCCCAUUCGAGUCAAGCGAGGUGGGCCUUCCUGCCAUGGUUGAUUCUGAAAACAAAAAGGGGAGUUUUGCUAAAGAGAAUCCAAUAUCCCCUUGUAUUACUGAGGAUGCCGGCUGUCAUUCUGAAGACCCUUCACCUAUUACUUCAAGUCCAGAUCAUUCAGUUGCUGCUCCUGGUGUUACUGAAAUGACCAAAAUAAAUUCAGCAGACAAAUCAGAGCAUUCUUCAAAAGAGUCCCGAGAAUCUUCCCCUCAUGAUAGAAAAACCAUUGUGCUCACGUCAUCUGAAAAUGUUUGUCCUGGAGAAAGUGCACCCUCUUCUGUGGGUUUAGGGGAUGUAGUGCCUCCUGUUAUGGCUGAGAAUAACCCUGGAAGAAAGAAUGAACCUGCUUCAGAAGGUUGUACACAAUAUUCUCCUCUGAGCCAUGAGAAUUCCACAAUUAUUCCCUCAAUGCUAAAUAUUGAUUCUGGACGGGGUUCUCUUGACAAAGUUGACAUGCCCUUUACAGAAUCUGGAGUUGUUAAUGAUAUUUGUUUAAAUUCAGAAAUUUCAUCCAAGAUUGUUGAUUCUGAAGCUUCUCAUGAAUCAGUUGGUGGUGCUUCAGGAAGUAAUACCACUGUUCAUGUUAUUCCUUCUGAAAAGGGCAUCUUGGAACUUGGAACUGAAAUGAUUGGGGAUGGUAGUAUUGAUGCUUGCAAUAAGGAAGUGGUCCCUGCUGAGGGUGAUCAAAUGGAUAUUUCUCAUGCUGUUAGUUGUCCACAUGAAGAAGUAUUGGAAAUGGUUUUACCCUCAUCUUCUUUGAUAGUGGCGGGAAAAAUUCAUGAAUCAUCUGACAGAGCUCAAGUUUCUCAGGAUGGUAAAUUCGUAUCAGAAGAUAAAUCAGAAGUCUUGUUGUCAUCUUCUGUAGGGGAAGAGGAAACAGUGGAAGGCUCAUCCAUGAAAUGCCAGAGUAGCAGCUCACAAUCUCCAGUUGAUCGGCAUCACUGUGUCACUGAAAUGGAUGUUAAAUCGCCACAACAUAUCUCUGAAAAAAUUGAUCUUCCUUCAUCUUUAAAUAUGCAGGAAGAAAAGAUUGAGGGUUCAUCUGAGAAGAGGCCAAGUUGCAGCUCAGUACUACUGGAAGACGUCAAGGGUUCUGGAGCUUUAACAGUUCAAAUGGAUUUAUCUCAGGUUCAUGGACCUGUGCAAGAAAAUAUUUUAUCAGAAGGUAUGACUGAGGAGGGGAUGACUAAGGAUUUAUCUAAGACUUUUCAAGUUUGCAGCUCAUUACCUGUGGAUGAACCAGAAAUUUCUAGAGCUGAAAGAGAUGCUCUAAUUAAUUCAUCUCAGAUUGAUGAGAAUCUACCAGAAGGAGAUAGUGACAUAUCUGGAAAGUGUCUACUCGGCAGUCCAGUACCAGUGGAAGAAGACAAGAUUGAUGGAACAUCUAUGGAACAUUUAGGUGGGAGAUCAGACUUACUGGGAGAAUCGAAAGGAUCUGAUACUGAAAUGGAUGUUUCUCUGGUUAGUGAGCUCCGACCCGAAAAUAUAUCAGAAAAUGUUAUUGUGCCAUCAUCUACUGUUGCAGUUAAGGAAGGAAGCAGUCCAGCCAGAUCAAUAAUGUUGGGGGACGCAUCUGAAGCUUUAGUUUCUGAUAAAAUUGUUGUCUCUGAGGUUGACACGUUUGUGCCUGAAAGGAUGUUAGAAAAUCUGCCUUUAUCUUCCUUGACAAAAGAGCAGGAAAAUGCUGAGGGCUCUUCUGAGAAAGGUCAAGAUGGCAGCUCAGUACAACUUGAGGAAUCAACUGGGAAGGAAGAUGAGAUGGGUCAUCUAAUGGAAACACCCAGAUCUUCUGGGGAUUUGCUUGUAAAAGAAAGUGUUGAUUCCGAAGAGGAGGUUCAGCAGUUAUCCAAGAAGCAUCCUAUAAGCAGUUCAGCGCCGCUGUUGGAAUCAUUGAUUUCUGAACCUGAGACAAGUGAUCAUUCUGAUGCAUCCAAGGUUGGCAUGGUGCUGCUAGAAGAUAGAAUGGCGGAGGACGUUGACCUGCCUGCAUCCUCCUUAGAGACAGAAGGAAGAGGUAUGGAUCAUCCAUCUGAGGUUCUAGAUGGCAGCUCAGUGACGGAGGGUCCAAAAACAACUGUAGCUGACAAGGAUACUCAGAUGAAUGCCCCUGAUGCUUGUGAGAGGGAGCCAGAAGUUGUGUGUGAAUCUGUGGAUAUGCCUCUGGUUACCUCGACCAUGGUGGAUGAUGGUGUCAAAGGCUCGUCUGAAGCAGAGUUGGAAUCUGAAGCUAAAACAUUUGAUGCGUCUCACGUUUGCUUAUCUGAGGCAAGGCCUGUAGGCAGCACCGAAUCACCAGAGUCAUCAAGAUCCGAAGCUAAAGUUGCUGAUGCUUCUCAGUCUUCCGGGACAAUCCCAGAAGUUGCAUCUGAAAAUGUGGAUCAGCCUCCAGUUAACAUGGCUGUGGAGGGUGACAACAUAGAAGGCUUGUCCGAGGCAGGGCCUAUGGGCAGCUUGGAAACACUAGAGGAGUCCAAAUCUGAAGCUAAAGUGUGCGAUACUUGUCAGGUUUCUGGGACAAUGCCAGAAAAUGCGUCCGAAGACAUGGAUAUUCAGCCAUCAUUAAUGGCGGAGGAGGGUGAAAAGGUGGGGUUACCAGCUGAGGGAUCUGUUGGUGGUAGCCCAAGGGAACAGCCUUGAAGUUAAUUAAGUGCCUGACAAGAGAGUUUUUGUACAGCUUCUUAGAGCAUAAAAACACCUAAACCAACUAUUCAGCAAAUUAUAGUUUGUCCCUUCAAAAGGGAAUCAGGUUCCUAAUUUGUAUGUAGAUAAAGUACUUUUUGGAAGUGUCUUCCAUUAAUUUAAUCUGUCAUGCCCUCCUUCUGGGUUUGCUGCCUUUUAGUUGGGUUUCGUA